AUGGUCCGCCUGCACCCUGUGGCAAGGUCCCCUGCACGGGGGGCGGGGGGCCUUAUGACGCCUCACGCCGGAGUCAUGUAUGCGCAUCACCCCGAUGACGAGUAUCCGAGCGGGAGCGCCUGCGUGGUGCGCGUUACGGCCCUUAUGUCCGGCACGACCCUGAUAGUAGCCCUCACCGCUCCGCUGAAGGGGGGGGGGGGGGGGGGGGGGGGGGCGCGCUGCACGCCGCAGAGAGUGUGGCCUCACCCCGAAUGCGGGGGUGCCAAGCACCGGCUGAAGGGUGAGACCUGCAACCCUGGGGAGAGGGAGCUUCACCCUGAUGAGAUCCCUCACCCCAUGAAGUUUGCGCCUCCACGCCGCAGGUAG